ACGGCAUAGUCGCCAUUUUAUUUUUUGUUACUACUACAUUGAAGUCGACUAGGCCGUGUUGCUGAGAGAAAAUUCACAUUUUCACAUUGAUAAACAAUAAAAAUUGUCAAAAUAAAUAUAGCGUUUUGACCACAAAAACCAGCCCUUCUGUCUUUGUGCAUUGGUCCUCAAUAAGUUUGCGUUUUUAUGGUUUUCCAUUGAUGCCUGCUGGAACUGGUUUGUGAGACGUUUAACUGGACAUGUGACGAAUCGAAUGAUUAGAAGGAGGGAUAACAUUGUUUAGAAAGGGAUCGAUCAAUCGAUCAGUAAAAAAAGCAAAAAGUAUAGGCAAAGAAAUAAGCGUAUAUAAAUAAAAAGAGAACAAAUACAGUGUUAAAUCAAGAUGAGUGUCAUUAUUCGUUUGCAAAAUCUGCCGUGGACGGCAAAUGCUCGAGACAUACGAAAUUUCUUCACGGGCCUCUCGAUUCCGGAGGGCGGUGUUCACAUAAUCGGUGGCGAAAUGGGCGACGCUUUCAUCGCUUUCAGCACCGACGAGGAUGCACGCUGCGCCAUGCUCAAGGAUCGUGAGAAACUGAUGGAGGUUCAGGUGCGUUUGUUGCUCUCCAGUCGCGCCGAAAUGCAAAAGGUCAUCGAGACGGCGCGUAAUGUGGGCGCGGCAGCUGCAACUGUUGCUGCCACGCCCAGCACAGCUGUGGCGGCAGUAGCAAUGCCUCCAGUGCCACAGCCGCCAAUGAUUGGCAGCUUUCUGGGACAGAAGCAACAACAAGUUGCUUCGGUGUUGCCUUCAGCAGCAGCAGCAGCAGCAGCACCUUCUUUUUUGGCUUACCAACAGCAGGCAGGGAUUACGCUGGCCGAUGUGGCUGGUCUGAAAGUUGAGCGGCAUUCGCCGGAGUCCGAGAAUUUCAGCUCACGGCGUCGUCACAGUCGCAGUCGCAGUCACAGUCGUACCACCAGCUCCGAUGACAGCGAUCGCAGUCGUGAGCGUGAUCGUGAUCGGCAUCACAAUCGUGAUCGUGAUACACGUCGGGAUGCUCGUGGACGCAAGCGUCGUCCGGAUCUGCGCAGCGACAGCAGCGAGCGUGAGCUUAAAAUCCAACCAAAGUCCAAUAUUAUGCCCUGGGCAACUGUUGCUCCGGCAACAGCAGCAACUGUUGCCGCUGUUGCGGGCCUCUCGAAUGUUGUGCCCGGCCUGCAACAGCAACUGAACAUCAUGUCCGUGUUGCAAUCGGUGCCAGGUCUGCAAAGCUACAACACCAGCACCACCAGCAGCUCCACCACUACCACCAACAACUACAAUCUUAAUCUAACAGCUGGAACACAACCAAAGCAACAGCAAAUAUUGCCGGAUCUGGGUCUGUCCAGCAAGCCGCAGGUAACCAAUAAUUCUGGGCAGGAUCAGCCAAUUGCCUUUGCCAAUGUCAAUCCGUAUGCGCAAAUGUAUCCACAGUUGUUCCAGCAGCAACAGCAAUUGCUGCUCCAGCAGCAGGCAGUGAAAACAGCUGCCGGCAUGGGCAACUCACCCAAUGCUGCCGGAGAUUCGCUCAUAGGCGGCGGGUCAGCUGGUGGUGCAGUUGGUUCAGUUGGUGUAGGUUCAGCUGGAGGCAAUGCAUCCGCUGGUAUGCCGAUUGCCGAGACAUGCUACAUCAAGAUUAGCGGCAUGUGUCCCACCACAUCCUACAGUGAUUUGCGUAAAUAUUUUGCCGGCCUCUAUAUACCCCACAAUGGCAUCAAGAUCGUAAGUGGUGCGAAUGGAGCACGUACGGGAGUUGCCUACAUUGAGUUCUCCCGGGUGUCCAGCGCUCAGAAGGCGCUCGCCCGCAACAACACCAUGUUCCGCAAUCGUCUCGUGCAGAUUGUGCCCAUUAGCGAUGAGGAAUUCGAUCAGGUUGAUGAGCGAGUGCAGCGCAAUAGGGAAUCAGGUGGAGGAGGUGGUGGAGGUGGUAGCUCUGGUCGUAGCGAUUCACGUUCCACGAGUGGAACUGCCGCAUCUGCUGCGCCCGCUGUACUGCCUCCCAUCUCGGUGCUGUAUGUGGAGGAUUUGCCGCAAUUGACCACCGAACAGGACAUUAUGAAAAUGUUCUCGGCCACAUGCACCAUUGUGGACAUACUGCUCACACCGAGUCCCCACAAUCGUCGAGAGUUUGUCGCCUUUGUGCUCUUUGCCCGCGAGAACGAGGCACGUUCCGCCCUCGACGACACCGCUCGGCAUUAUAUUGGUUUCCGCAAGCUGCGAGUGCGCGCCAGCAAUCAGACUGAGAUGCAGAAUGCCAAGGAGAAGAUGCGACGUGCCAACGAGCAGCUGCAGAAGGAGGAGCAACAGCAACGCGAGGAUGCCGAGAGAGAGCAACAGCAGCAACAGUUGCAGCAGCAGCAGCAGCAACAACAACAGCAGGAGCAAUUGCUUGCAUUGCAGGCAAAACUCAGCAGUGAUCCGCGACGUCGCAACAACAAUGAAGGACCACAGCAGCAGCAGCAGCACCAACAACAACAAAAUCUACACUCGCACAACAACAAUAAUAGUCAUAACAAUAUGCCGCCGUUUGCCAACACUGGCAUGCAUAACGGCAAUAUGCCGUUUGCUUUUCAGCAGCAACAUAACAGCAGCAACAAUGGCUUGAAUAUGCAUAACAACAACAAUGGCAUGCAUAUGAACAACAAUAACAACAACAAUGGCAACAAUAUGCCACCAUUUCAACAUCAUCAGCAACAACAACAACAACCACCGCGGCGACAGGAAGAUGUCUUUGUGCUCGUACACAACUGUGAAUAUGCCACAAGGAUCAAUGAUCUUGGUGAGUUCUUCUCCUCGGAAAAUCUGCGCAUUGAGCACAUUGAAAUGUUGUUCAAUGAACGCAAUCAGAGUGCUGGUGAAUUCAUUGUGGAGUUUGUUGAUGCACACAAUGCCAAGCUGGCAAUUCGAGAGUUUCAUAAUCGUCGUUUUCGUGGGCGUGGCUUGCGAUUGUCGCCCAUAAUGCCGCAAGAGAUUGCAGAUCGGAUGAACAAGCCCUUUAUGGAUUAUUUGCCGGGUGGCAAUGGACCAAGGCAGUCGGAUUCAGCUUCACAGCUGCCACCACCACAACAACAACAACAUCAGCAGCAGCAACAACAGCAGCAGCAAUCGCGACGUCGUGGUCCAAGUCGCUUUGAUGAUGCCAGCAAUCAUCACAUGGGACAGCAACAACCACAGCAACAACAAUCGUUGGCGCCGCCACAUGACAGCGACGACAGCAACAGUUCCAAGCAGCAACAUUUUAAUCCAUUUGCCGCACGUGGUGUACCUGAAUUGAAUCCAGAUGCCGUGCCUGCCACAUCACCCAUGCUAGCUCCCAUUAUGAACAACAUCAACAACAACAAUAAUAUUGGUGGUACAGACGUGCCGCCUUCGGAUGAAGGCAUACCCGACAAGUUCAAUCGUCCUGGCUGUGUCGUUGCCAUGCGCAAUGUGCCCUUUAAGGCCGAUCUCAAGGAUAUACUGCGCUUCUUCAACGAUUACAAGCUCAGUCCGGAUGACAUUAUACGGCGUUUCAAUGACGAAGGCAAGCCCACGGGAGACGCACGUGUCGCCUUCGAGUCUCAGUCGGAGGCGCGAUCCGCAUUUGAGACGCGACGACGCAAGCAGAUAUUUAAUCGCACCGUUUAUCUAGACAUUAUUUAAGCGCCUUCUCGAAUUUCGUUCAAUUGUAAAUACAACAUGUAAUUAUUUGUUAAGUUAGACUUAGACUUGGCUAAUAACAAAGCUAAUAAUUAUUGUUAAUAAGCAUGUACAUCACUUCUUCAAUAAAUACUAUAUAAAAUG